AUGGGCCGGAUCUCUCCCGGGUGGGGAGCGGUGCUGGGUUCCGAUGGUGUGUCGGCACCUAUGGCACUGGACCCUCCAUUGAUGUGGGCGAUGUCUUAGGGUCAAGCCCUUGGUGGCCCUCAGCCAAGGUAGGCCAGUGGCCGGAGCAACUAGGCCUGAGCGGGUCUCCUGCGCUCCCCGGUUCGCAGCUCUCUGCACCUUCGCAUGUGGUUGAGGCUGCAGCUGAGCUACCCGGUGCCCCAGAGCUCUCCAGAAGUGCCGAAAGUGCUCAUCAAUUCGCUGUAUGAGUCGCUCUACAGGGCAACAGUCCUGAUUGCUCGCUUGUAUCGUCUCAAGGAUGAGACGCUGCUGCCAUUUUGA